AUGCCUCCCUCCGUCGGAUACAUGCCGGGACGAAGAUAUCUCAGAGGGUAUAAUACAAACGUCUUCUGGCACGCCGACAGUUGGCCCCCACCUGAGGAGGAUCAUGAUUACAAUAUUUGGUCUGUGUCUCGAUCCCUUGCAAAUAGGGGGUAUCUUGGUCUAGAUAUUAAUGCUUAUGGUGAGGUAGGGAAAAUCUCGGAUAAGGCGCUUAAAAUGUAUCGUUUGUCUACGGGAUUCCACAUUCUUAACACUCCAGAGGGGAGUGAUGAUAGAAGAGUUAAUUUGAUGUUAGCGAACGUUGUUGAAAUGGCUUUAUUCCCUGUGCCUAGGCAUUCACCAGACCAAACUGUGAUCCUCAUGAAAUUGACGCAGUACUCGGAGAUGAUCUGUAGGGUUCUUGCUUCUUUGAAGAGAAGAGGCCACGGUGUUGCGCUUGCACUGCCUGAGGUUGAUGUCGAGAAAGCAAAAGCUAGUUUUGGAAUCACUUUAUGCUCGGAGCAGAACGAUUCGAAUGAGAGAAUCCCAGUGUGGCUUUGUCCAAACCUAUUUGACAGAAAGCCAGACGCUCGUUUGCCACAAGGCCAGAGGCAUCCUGAAGAUGAAGAAGAACGGCAGAGCGAGCCUCGCUGGUUUAUAGAGCCUCCGACUCCAGAUGCCCAUACCACUAGCUUCGCCAUGCCGGCAGAUGUUGGUACAUGUGUCUUCUGGGACGUGGAGGAGUACCCACUCCCUCACGGUCUCGAUCUCCGUUCGUUUUGUGAGAAUAUUCUAUCAGCUGUUCGUUCUCGUGUUGCUUCUUCUACUGGUGCCGUCUCAAUCUACGCCUACGUUGUCAAGGUGGAGGAGGACUUUAAAGCUGAUGAAGCUGAGGAUGCCCAAAUCAAAAUACGCAUAGCUCCAGCAGACGAAUCUGAAAGAUUUGCUCAGAUGUCAAUGGACUUUCAUUUUUGGUCAGUGGACAAUACCGCCGCCGACGACCACAGUCAUCGCACCCGGCCAAAUUUGCUGCUAAUCUCCAAACUCUUGGAAGCAGACAGACGCUUAUGCUUGGGCGUCCAGGGUUGCCUUAGGUGUAUCAUUCGACGAGGUUGCAUUGCUUUCUUGGCAGUCCCUGGUGAAAACAUCCCAUCCUCAUCCUCAUCAUCUGAUGGUUUACCAUUAUUAUUGCCUUGGGAAGAACUAUCAGCAAAAGGAAAGCGGAAGACCCAUGACUAA